AUGGGAAGCUCGAAGACACAAGACCUGACAGCUGCUAACCCUCCAACAUCCAAAGCCGUAACAAUAACGUCGACAACUGAUGCUGGAACAACAACAAUUUCUGACACAAUAACAACAACUUUGGCAUUGACAAGUAACCCCCCAACAUCCUCAACUGUAACACCAAAGUCGACAACUGAUGCUGGAACAACAACUAUGUCUGACACAACAACAACUGUUGGUGAAACAACAUCAACAACUUUGGCAUCCACAAGUAACUCUCCAACAUCCAAAGCCGUAACAACAACGUCGACAACUGAUGCUAAAACAACAACAAUUUCUGACACAACUACAACAACUUUGGCAUCCACAAGUAACCCCCCAACAUCCUCAACUGUAGCACCAAAGUCGACAACUGAUGCUGGAACAAUAACUAUGUCUGACACAACAACAACUGUUGGUGAAACAACAGCAACAACUUUGGCAUCCACAAGUAACCCUCCAACAUCCAAAGCCGCAACAACAACGUCGACAACUGAUGCUGGAACAACAACAAUUUCUGACACAACAACUUUGGCAUCCACAAGUAACCCCCCAACAUCCUCAACUGUAGCACCAAAGACGACAACUGAUGCUGGAACAACAACUAUGUCUGACACAACAACAACAACUGUUGGUGAAACAACAUCAACAACUUUGGCAUCCACAAGUAACCCUCCAACAUCCAAAGCCGUAACAACAACGUCGACAACUGAUGCUGGAACAACAACAAUUUCUGACACAAAAACAACAACUUUGGCAUCCACAAGUAACCCCCCAACAUCCUCAACUGUAACACCAAAGUCGACAACUGAUGCUGGAACAACAACUAUGUCUGACACAACAACAACUGUUGGUGAA